AUGCUACCCGUGUCGCGACCCGAGGGUCAUAUGAGCCUCAAUUACAUCCCUACCACCCAAUCCAUAUCUGGGACUUCUACUGGUCGCAGUUCUCCGAGUGAUCCAUCCGCAAACACCAUCAUUAGGCCACCAUUCGUCUCGUCAAACAUUCUUAAUGGUAAUACAGGCUCGAUAGGAAGUGCAAGACUAGGGGCUGGAUCCCCUUCUCAUGAACUUGGUGCCCGCUUAUACUCUAAACGUGCACGCGAGAUACAGGCGGAAGAAGGCGUCUCUCCGUUUUGGGGCCCACCAACCAGCGGCCAUUCCACGCCCCUGCGUGAAAAUAUCCCCGAGUCACCUAGCCAGGAGGGAUUUCCUGACCUGGUACCUUCAACAAGUGGUGCGAUGAAUGGACCAGCACGAAGGACGCGGGCUGGCACAGUUCCCUCUCGAUUUUCGCCAGUCGGUGUUCUGAAUGAGGCAAAUCUUCAACAGCCUUUCGUUUCUCAAUCUUCCCGGCCUACACCCUCCACUAGUCCCUUCAGACCUACCGGCAUGUCAGGAAUCGAUACUGGCGUUAAACCCCCAACAACCAUAGGUGGUGGCAGUACAGGCAGCCUUUCCCGUCUUCGGGCUGGUUCGAUGCCGCAGCGGACAAACCUUCUUGGGUCUGCUGGGCCUUUCGGCCCGUCGUUGUUUUCGACAAAUUGGGCCACAGGGCGUGAUCGGGCGACGACUCUUACUAGCAUUAGAUCUUCUGAGGGGCCAGCAUCGCCAAGUCAAUCAUCAUUUUCGCGCGAUGGACUCACAGAUAGUGAUGUUAAGACCUUGGACUACCUUGGUCUCGCAGAAACCCCGCAGCAAGCUCGGACCAAUUUUGUACGACCGUCCGUCGAUGUUUUACUCCAGCAGCAGCAACAGCAACAACAACAGCAACAGCAACAACAGACAUCCUCGCUUCCCCCGCUGCUCGCCGAGCUCGCGAUGAUAAAAAACAAUAGUCGAAUUCGCUCCUACUCGGUCAACGCAAAGGAGAAAUAUGCCGAUGACGAGGAACUCGAGUACGAAAGCCGCUACUCUCAACUCCCCUCUGGAGCUAUCACACCGUCUGCAGCUGCUACAGCCGCCCAGCUGGCUGCUACUCAGGCCCAGAUCCAUCAACAUAACCUCGCAGUGCAAGCCUUUGCAAACCAUGCGACUGUCAAUCGCCCCCGCGCAAGGACUGCAGGUAUUCUCGAAGCACCUCCCCAACGAUCAUCUAUUCGAAACUAUCUCGCAACUCCUUCGCGCCUUGAAAAUAGCUUCAGCGCGGCCGACUUGAAUAUUGCUGAAACUGGUGAAUAUGACGAGUUGACUGAGGCUGUUCAGAUGAUGCAUCUAGGCGGAGCUGGUGGAGCCAACCUUGGACUGCGCCCUACUGCGGAGGUUGAUGAAAACAACCAGGAUGGUCCAACAAGGGCACUGUGGAUAGGCAGCAUUCCUGUUUCCACCACUGUCACGUCUUUGGAAGCUAUUUUCAGCAUGUAUGGCAAGAUCGAGUCUACUCGUGUGCUGACCCACAAGAACUGUGGUUUUGUCAACUUUGAACGUAUCGAGAGUGCUAUCCAGGCCAGAUCCUUGCUCAAUGGAAAGGAGAUCUUCCCAGGCGCUGGUGCUGUCCGUAUCGGAUAUGCUAAGGUUCCUGGGUCGUCCAACGCUGGCACUCCUGGAGUCAACGGUGCCCAGUCUUCUCCUACUCCUGAUCCGAACUCGAAGUCAACUAUUCCUGAUGAAGAGAAACUCAGCAGCGGCUCAAACGUUCCCCAGAUUCCGGCUCUCCCUGAUCUUCAGCCCGAGAUUGUUCAAAUCGUUAAAGAGUUUGGAGCAACGGAGGACGAGACCACGAAGAUUAAUGCGAGUAUUCAGCAGGCCAUUUCAUAUCAGGAAUUCAGCGACGAAAUACCUCCUAUUGCUGAACCUAACCAAACUAGGAUGUUUGAUGCCCCUCGUCUCCGCGACAUCCGCAAGAGGAUUGAUAAUGGAAAUUGUUCGAUACAAGAAAUUGAGGAAACCGCAAUCGCCAUGCUUCCCGAAAUUGCAGAGCUUGCUUCCGAUUAUCUAGGCAACACCGUUGUUCAGAAACUUUUCGAAUAUUCUUCCGAGCCCAUUAAAGAACGAAUACUUGUUCCGAUCGCUCCUCAUCUUGGGGAAAUUGGUGUACACAAGAAUGGAACCUGGGCAGCACAAAAGAUCAUUGAUGUCGCCAAAACACCUGCGCAGAUGCGGAUGAUUGUCGACGCACUUCGACCAUACACCGUUCCUCUAUUCUUAGACCAAUACGGAAACUAUGUUCUCCAAUGCUGUCUGCGGUUUGGGUCCCCGUACAAUGACUUCGUUUUCGAGACUAUGCUGAGCCGUAUGUGGGAAAUUGCCCAGGGACGUUUUGGGGCCCGAGCUAUGCGAGCCUGUCUCGAGAGCCAUCAUGCCACUAAGGACCAGCAGCGGAUGCUCGCAGCGGCCAUCGCUCUGCAUAGCGUACAGCUUGCUACUAACGCCAAUGGCGCUCUAUUGCUCACAUGGUUCUUGGAUACCUGCACUUUCCCUCAUCGCCGGACUGUAUUGGCUCCGAGAUUGGUUCCCCAUCUCGUGCACCUGUGCACGCACAAGGUUGCGUACCUGACAGUUCUCAAAGUCAUCAACCAACGGAACGAGCCUGAGGCGCGCAAUAUCGUCUUGAAAGCCCUAUUCUUUAGCCCGGGUGACGAGGUGCUGGAAAAAAUCCUCAGUGAUCAAACGUCGGGUGCCACCCUAAUUUUUAAGGUUUUGACAACGCCCUGCUUCGAUGAAUCAAUGCGACCAGAAGUGGUAAAAAAUGUAUCGAAAGUGCUCACCAAACUCAAAGCCACUCCAAGCCAGGGCUAUAAACGUUUGAUGGAUGAGGUUGGACUGUCGUCGCGAGGUGGUUCGCGCGACAACCAUCAUCGCGAUAACACCUCAAGCUCCGAGAAGCAACAGCAUCGGCCCGCGUCCCGACAAACAACUGCUGUCAAUUAUGCGUCGCAGCCGUCCCUUGAAAGGCAAUAUAGUGGGCAGUUUCCUACUAUGAGCCAGAACCUCGACAACGCUCGGCCCAUCCCUUCGGAACAGUCUCACAGCAUACCGUAUGAGCCUUAUUCCGUUAAUGGAGUGAAUGCUCUAAAUGGGUUGGGCGCCGUCAACGGCACUGGUUUUACCCAGGAACCCAUGAUGCCUCUUGCCCAACAGCAGAUGCAGUACCAGGCAUAUCUGGCCGCCCAGUCUAGAGGAGUGUCACCGGGUCUUUACCAGGCUUUGGGCAAUUCUACCUAUGGAUACCCUGCGGGGUCAGAUAGUCUCCGACCCAUGCAAGCUCAACCUGGACAAGUCAAUUCGGGCUCUAUGCUCAACCAGCCACCUUACCCACCUCAGCAAUUCAGCCCUAUUAUGGGCUCAGCCCAGAUGUAUCAGUACCCCCCUCAGUUCUACUCUCAAGCGGCCCCUGUCCAAGGACAGCCGUCUGGGGGACGACGUGGACGUGUGAGUUACUCCUAG